UUGCUACUAUUAUCCACAUUUAUGUCUUUUUGCUUCUACGAUUCUUCAACUUUAUGUCCCUUACUCUUUUUUUCAUGUAUUCAAAUUAUGCAGAGCCACUGAAUCAAAGCUCAUUCCAGAGUCAUCAUCUUCAUUUUCGUGAUAUCCCAUAUCCGAGUCUUUAUCUAUAUUGUCUAUACAUAUAUACACACAUUUCGAACUCACUGAUUUUAGAUUCUGAUUUAUUUUUCUUCAACAUCCAUUAGAGACAAAUGUCUAUAUAUUUCAAGAAUUAAAAACAUACUAGAAAUUUUUGUUUUAUUUUUUUUCUCUGUCAAAUUCGAAUCACUAUAAAUAGAUCUAAAAAUACCAAACAUAAUCCAACAAGUAAUGCAAAAAGAAAAGGAAAAAAGGAAUCAAAAUAGUGGCCAUCUGUCACCAUCCGAUGCGAAGUCAACUGAUCUCAACCCUGUAAUCUAUAAGAAGAAAACUAAAAUAAGACAUUACUAGUAAUAAACUACGAUAACAAUAUAAAUUAAACAAUCCCAGAAACUUUUGCAGUUUUUAGUUUCAAUUAUAUUGGAGAAAUUGUGUACCCAUUUUACAGUUAGUUGGUUUGCUUCAUUUAUUUAUUUUUGGAAAAUUGGGUAGGUGGAAAAUGGCAAGCUCUGUGGAGAAAAAUGAAGUUGUUUCCAUUGAACUUCCAGCUCCUCCUGGUUGGAAGAAGAAGCAGUUUCUGCCUAAAACAGGAGGUACUCCAAAGAAGAAUGAAAUCGUAUUUACUGCACCAACAGGGGAGGAGAUCACCACAAGAAAACAGUUGGAACAGUACCUGAAGUCGCAUCCCGGUGGUCCACCAGUAGCAGAGUUUGAUUGGGGAACUGGUGAUACUCCAAGAAGAUCCCCAAGGAUUAGUGAAAAGGCAAAGGCAGCUCCAUCUCCGGCAGAAAGUGAGCCUGCUAAGAAACGAGGCAGAAAGUCUUCAGCUUCAAAGAAGGAUUCCAAUGAAGUCCCUGAAGAAACAGAAGCAGCAAAGGACGAUGACAUGGAAGAAGCUGAAGAACAUGAGAAGGAUACUGCAGCAGUGGAAGCUGAUAAGGAUGUUGAACAGAAACAAGACGAGAACCAAGAUGAAACUCAAGAUGGAGAGAGCGAAAUAGAGACGAAAGAGGAAGCUGAAGCUACUGAGAAGGAUGUAUCAAAGAAAGAUGAAAUUGAAUCUUCUGAGAAUGAUGGAAAGAAAGACGAAAGCCAAAAUGCCUAUGGCAAAGUAGAAGAUGCUCCUUCUGAAGAAGCUCAGGUUGAGAAAGAUGUCCAGAUGGCUGAUAACGUUGGACAUCCCAAAGAUGUUGAAGAGGCUGCUGGUGAUAAAGUAGCUGAUGGUCCUGAAGCUGCUAAAAUGAUUGAGGAGGAAAAGGAUGUACAGGUUCAAGAAAAAGUAGAAAACAUGCCUACUGAAACAGUGACAUCAGAUUCUAUCGCUGCUGAGGAAAAGAAGCAUCAAGCGGAAGGAGAACAGAACGAUGAGCAGAAAACUAGUGCUGCAACAACGAGCACUGAAGAUCAACAUAAUUUGAUGAACAGUGAAAAAAGUAAGGUGGAUGGUGAAGUAACUGAGAAUGGCAGCAACACUAAUGAGGCCAAGCCUUGAGCUGCAGUUUGAGUAGCUUCGUGCCACUUCUCUGCUCUCUCUCUGUCUAACCUUUUACUCCUACUUGCUUCUUUUCGAUGACUGUAUUGUCGUUAAAUUAUAGAUACUCUAAUUGUUCACGAGACGUCUGUAUGCAAAAUCUUAGAUUUAGGACCUAAAUAUUGCUCUGGUAGGACUUAUCGCCUGCAAAGAUAUUUGCACCACUACUAAUCUAUGUCAUAGAUUAGACCUUCAGCAGAAACACUAAUUGCGCUGAGGUAAUUUGUAGUUGUCAAGAUCGCCAUAGCUCGUUGUAUGAAACUCAGUGAUGUAAGCUUAUAUAAAGCCUUUGUGUUAUCUUGACUAACAAGGGAAUUGGCUAAUA